UUGACGUGUACGGAAGUGCGUGACUGAACUGGUGAUUACGGAAAUAUCUGCUCAACCAGAAUAAAAUAAAUAAAGGAUUAAUAUCUGCGUCGCCACCUGUGUAAUCCUGUAACACUGUCCACAAUGUCCAGGCAAUCCAACCGAACGACAGACAGCAAGAAGAUGAACUCAGAGCUGUUCACGCUGACCUAUGGAGCCCUCGUCACCCAGCUGUGUAAAGACUACGAGAAUGACGAGGAAGUCAAUAAACAACUGGACAAGAUGGGCUAUAACAUCGGAGUGCGUCUGAUUGAGGACUUCCUGGCACGCUCCAGCAUCGGCAGGUGUCAGGAUUUCCGAGAAACGGCGGAUGUCAUCGCUAAGGUUGCCUUUAAGAUGUACCUGGGGGUCACUCCGAGUGUGACUAACUGGAGCCCAGCAGGGGACGAGUUCUCCCUCAUCCUUGAGAACAACCCACUUGUGGACUUUGUGGAGCUGCCGGAUAACCACAGCACGCUGGUUUACUCAAACCUGCUGUGUGGAGUCCUCAGAGGAGCCCUGGAGAUGGUCCAGAUGGCUGUGGAUGUGAAAUUUUCUCAGGACACUCUGAGAGGGGACAAUGUGACGGAAAUCCGCAUGAAGUUUAUCAAGAGGAUCGAAGAAAAUCUCCCUGCAGGAGAGUGA